UUGACGUUGGCUACCGUGACAGAGGGCUCCUUGACGCAUGUCUUUGUUUAUUUUCGUAUUUCACCGUUUUUUUUCAACAUUGUUGUGGACUUCGAAGAAUAACAACCACGAAAAUAACAAUCGCCUGCGAAAUUCUUGAAAAUAAUAUCGAGAGUAGUAGAAAACUUUCGGAUCGACGGAAUAAACAAAUAUGGCGACGAGUGAGUGAUUCAGUUUCAUCUCGGGAGAUUCGCGCCCGUGAAGUCUCAUUUUGUUGUGGAAACCUGCGGUUUUAUAUUUAACAAAAAUACGUAAAAAUCAUCUUCGUUAAUUACGGGAGUUGUGUAAAUUGAAGUGAAGUGAUUUCGUGGAGACUUGGGGCACUUGUUGAGGCCCGGACGAUUCUCCUGUGUUGCGGAGACAACAGGGCAGUUGAAAUGACGAUUGCACGAGAGAAGACGACAAAAUGGCGCCACGUUUCUGUUCAGUGGGAGAUCUCAGCCGUUAUCAUCUGAGAGCACCAAAACAGAGACGUUUUGAGUCAUCAGUUGACGCAGCAACGGUCAGUAAUAAGAUCGACUUUCUACGGUGUAUGGGACUGGCUCUGUCAACACCGCAAGAAGGAUUCGUCUGUGAAUUGUGCCAGCAAGUUCAGUGCUUUUGUGAUAUGAGAACAAGCCCAGUGGAUUUUAUAACUAUGAAAGAUCAACACGAAUCCCUCGGUAUUUCAGUCAAACCUUGCAGGGUUUUGAUCGCCGGUGAUGAGUGCAAAGUGUGUAAAAAACUUUUUAAAUGCGAGACUGAUGUGCGGGAUCACAUGAAGAAGCGACACAAGCACCGGCUGAAGGUGACUCUCAAACUCAAUAACGAGACUGUGAGCACAAAAUGGAUAAAACGAAGUCACCUCAAACGCCGUCGAAGUCAUUCAGACAACAGUGAUGGUUAUCGGCACGAGGGGUAUCAAAAGUCCGUUGAAAAUACCUUCGAGAACAGUCUCGAAUCGCGACUUGGGCGAGAAGACUCUAGUAGUAAAAUCCGUAAAACUGACAGUGCAAAGCCUCAGGAUGAUCGUCCCUGCUCAGCACCAUCACUCGGUGUCUCUUUUGAUCUGCCUCUCUGUCAGAGCAGCAGUUGUCGUUGUUGUGUCAGGAAUAUUGUCAAUCCGUGGGACGACAACAACAACAAUUGUUCGCAGUCUUACUUACCUGGAUCUUCCAGAGUUGCUACUGUGCGUCAGAAGAGUUCAUCAGCAAGCGCUGUAUCCUGCCAAACACCGGAAUGGCUUGACAAGUCCACGACUUGGAUAGAGAGGGUAGAGGAUAGGGACGUCAUAACGCUGGACGACGCGGAAGAUAUCAGCAACGACAUCACUGAGAUUCCAGUGGAGCCCCCCUGCUAUGAUCUCGAAGUGGACUCCAACUAUCAAUCUGACGACGAGGUGGAGAAGGUCCUGGAGGUCAGGAAUAAUCAGGCACCCUUCAUCACUAUUAAACGCGAGUCCAACGACUCGGGAAAGAACCUGAGGAUCUCUGAUGCCAUCAGGGACUUGAUGUCAGCUGAGAACAGUUUGAGCUGUCAUGAGCACGAGGAUUCUGAGCUUCGGACUCAUGAUUUCUACAAGAAUCUGGACAAGACGAUGGAAAACGACGAUGACGAGGAAAACAACUUCACCCUUCGCUUCGACGAUGACGAAGAGAGUUGUACGUUUGUUAUUAAAGAUAAUGUAGGUAAUAAAGAGUAUUCGAAAGGUUUCUCUGGCGAUUUUUUUGAAGACACCCAUUUAGACGUGGCUGUAGAUCAUCACGACGCGUUGGAACAGUCAUCGAGAUUUUGGCAUUCGUCGACGAAAAAUGUUGAACGCUUCUCGUCGUUUGAUGGGCCAAUCGAAUACAUCGGCAAUCGCAACUCGAUGGUUGCUGUUAAGGAGGAAUUGAAUCUGGAUCAUUACUUGUUUCAUCGUGAAUGAAGGAUGUCAGUGCAGUGUUUUGAAGUUUUGAGUUUUAACUUUAAGUAUUAGUAUCUAAUCACCAAAAAGGAGAUGUGAUAUAUGAUUAAGUUUAGAAACUUUAUUUCUUUGAAAAAUGGAACCAAAUGAUGAAGACUUUGUUGUUAUUUGAUAGUUUUUUUUUUCUACUGCAGGUGUGGUAAUUCAGAGAAAAUAAGACUACAGAUGGUGAUUAUUAUGGUCAAUAUAAGAUAUUGAUGUUUAGGUUUAAAAGAUUCUGUUUUAUCGGCUGCUGAUGAAUCUUGGUGUCAAUCUGCUUUUCGAUAGGUUCACGUCGUCCGUGUAAUUGAUGGAUUAUUCAUGUCAAAAGCUAUUUUUCAUCGUCAUUCAUAGUAGCUUAUAUCGAUCAAUAAAUAUAAAUUUUUCUAUGGUGUUUUAA